UGCAAUAACACGGCAGCAGAAGAAAGCAGCUGCUACCCAGAGUCCCUCAUCACACACACAGGCAGGGUACGAGAAGACAACAAAGAGGUUCAGGUUUACGCUGCAGAAUUUACUGAUACAACACAUAUAAAUAAAAGACAGUAUUAAAAUUAAGUUAUUCAGCAUCUUAGGAGACGUAUCUUGACGAAGACUCAUCCGCACCCGUAGCCACUUGAAGGUCAUAAAUCAUUGAAAAAUGUCCCAAGGGAGAGACAUGGAGUUGGAGCAUUUUGAUGAGAGAGAUAAAGCACAAAGGUACAACCGAGGAAGCUCGCGGGCCAACGGUUUGCCAAGCCCUACCCAUAGCGCGCACUGUAGCCUGUACAGAACCCGCACCCUCCAAGCCCUCAGCUCCGAGAAAAGGGCAAAGAAGGUUCGCUUUUACCGCAACGGAGACCGAUAUUUCAAGGGAAUCGUAUAUGCCAUCUCACCGGACAGGUUUAGAUCCUUCGAGGCACUUUUAGCUGACCUUACUCGGACUCUGUCUGAUAAUGUUAAUUUGCCGCAGGGAGUCAGAACCAUCUACACAAUAGAUGGUACCAGAAAGAUCACCUCGUUGGACCAGUUAGUUGAAGGUGAAAGCUAUGUGUGCGGAUCGAUAGAGCCCUUCAAGAAACUAGAGUACACGAAAAACGUGAACCCCAACUGGUCUGUCAACGUCAAGACUGUGGCUUCCGCCCGGCCACCUCCGGCCCUGGGUAUUGCCAAAGCUAGCCCCACUGAAGCAAAGGAGAGCAAAGACUUCAUCCGCCCCAAACUGGUCACCAUCAUCCGCAGCGGGGUCAAGCCACGCAAAGCCGUCCGCAUCCUCCUCAACAAGAAGACUGCACACUCCUUUGAGCAGGUGUUGACUGACAUCACCGACGCCAUCAAACUUGACUCUGGUGUGGUCAAGAAGCUGUACACACUCGAUGGGAAGCAGGUGAUGUGCCUUCAGGAUUUCUUUGGAGAAGAUGAUAUUUUUAUUGCCUGUGGUCCAGAGAAGUUCCGAUACCAGGAUGACUUCCUCCUGGAUGAAAGCGAAUGUAGAGUGGUGAAGUCCACUUCGUACAACAAGAUUGCCACGAUGCAAAGCAGAACUGCUGGCAAGAGUCCAGGACCCUCCAGGCGAAGCAAAUCUCCAGCCUCUACUGGCUCAGUCAAUGGGACUCCUGGCAGUCAGCUGUCAACCCCGCGGUCUGGAAAGUCCCCCAGCCCUUCACCAACUAGCCCUGGAAGCCUACGAAAGCAUAGGGGCUCACAACACAGUGGCUCCUCGCUGUCUCUAGCCUCCACAAAGGUCUGCAGCUCAAUGGAUGAAAACGACGGACCAGGGAGUGAAGCAGAAAUGAUGGACGAAUAUCCCCAAGUCCCAGCUUCAAUAGCUGAAAGGUAUAAGGUGGGGAGGACAAUCGGAGAUGGCAAUUUUGCAGUAGUUCGAGAAUGUGUGGAGAGAUCUACUGGGAGAGAAUAUGCUUUGAAAAUCAUUAACAAAAGUAAAUGCAGGGGAAAGGAACACAUGAUCCAGAAUGAAGUGUCAAUUCUCAGGAGAGUGAAGCACCCAAAUAUUGUUCUUUUGAUUGAGGAGAUGGACACAUACAGUGAGCUUUACCUUGUCAUGGAACUUGUGAAGGGAGGGGACCUCUUUGAUGCGAUUACCUCAACUAACAAAUACACAGAGCGUGAUGCCAGUGGGAUGCUGUAUAAUCUGGCUAGUGCUAUCAAAUACCUGCACAGCCUUAAUAUUGUUCACAGGGACAUUAAGCCUGAGAAUCUGCUGGUCUAUGAACACCAUGAUGGUAGCAAAUCCCUAAAACUUGGUGAUUUUGGCUUGGCCACUGUUGUGGAUGGACCCUUGUAUACAGUCUGUGGAACUCCAACUUAUGUAGCACCAGAAAUCAUUGCUGAGACUGGGUAUGGACUGAAGGUGGACAUCUGGGCAGCUGGUGUGAUCACAUACAUUCUUCUUUGUGGAUUCCCUCCAUUCCGUGGAAGCAGUGAAGACCAGGAAGCUCUGUUUGAUCAAAUUUUGAUGGGGCAGCUAGAUUUUCCGCUACCUUACUGGGACAACAUUUCCGAUUCAGCAAAGGAGCUAAUCACCUCCAUGCUGCAGGUGGAUGUGGAUCAGAGAUAUACUGCCUUGCAGGUGCUCGAUCAUCCGUGGGUGAAUGAUGAUGGAAUGCCAGAGAAUGAGCAUCAACUCUCAGUGGCUGGAAAGAUCAAGAAACACUUCAAUACAGGCCCCAAACCUGACAGCACCACAGCUGGAGUGUCUGUUAUAACAACCACCGCUCUUGAUAAGGAGAGGCAGGUUUUCCGACGAAGAUGCCACCAGGAUGUGAGACCGAUGUACAAGGCUCAGCACAGCACCGUAGCCACCCCCAGCACAGCCGCCGGCGCGGCUGCCACGGCGGAGUUCAACUCCGAAUCGGAGGACUACUCCCCUAGCUCGUCGGAGACUGUUCGCUCACCCAAUUCACCUUUCUAGCGCUGCCCUGUGUCACACCCACCUCUGGCAGGAGCGGGAAGGGGAGGGGGGAUAUCACACCAAACUACAGCCGCUGUCGUUACAGACGCUGUUUGAUUUUUACGUGAGGUGUCCGAGUGGAAAAAAAAGGCAGUCAAGGAAUUGUCGGGGUGUGUUUUUUUAUUGGGGUGGGCCCUGAAGGUUUUUACGAAUUCCUUACGGUAAAAUGAUAUGCAUAUACAGUAACAUGGGCCUUUUUAUACAAAGGAAAGGAAUGACUUAUAAAACCUCCCCACCUCCCCUGCAAGAAGCUGCUUUGAGUGAGUGUGGCAGUAAGUUUUGGUAUGAAUCUACUCCCCAGUUGCCUAACCCUUUGAGCACUAUAUUCUGUUUUAUUUCAACAUUAUAUUUUAUUUUUUUGCCACUACGCAGCAUUGCGGAGCCUUAUCUCUCACAGCGGGAAAGUGUUUAAAUGUCAGAGGCAGGCUUUUGGAAACAGUGCUGUCUUCUUCUUGAUUUACCUUGGAAGAAGCAUAGCUGCAAUUGAUCUUCCCCUCUCAGAUUAAGAGAACCUCAGAUUAUUUCAGAGAAAGCACAGUUCUGUGGCACCAAUGUUAUCUGGCAACCAGUCUCAGAGAAAAUGCUCUUUCCAAUGUGAAAUGCCUUUAGAAAUGUUAAAUUCAGGGUGAGAAUUGCACAAAACGUGAGUUCAGAAAGGAUGGCUUCAACACUAGAAAUGGCCCACUUUGUAUGAUUUGUAAAUAUUAUAAUUUUAUUUAUUUUAAUACUUAUAUUCUAUUUAUUUAAUAAAAGAAGGAAAAGCAUCAAAACCCUCCUUCCACAUAAAACAAUAUUAACAUACACAUGCAUUCACUCAUCCCUGUGUCCUGUUAUUAAUUCUUAAAACAUUGAGAUCCUUUCUGGCAAGUCCAUGGAAAAUACCUUAAAGAUUAGAUGAGAUCAUCCAGAUGAUCAUAGUUUCAGAACGUUAACUUAAUAAGUUGAAGAUGUUAACAUUUGAAUGUGUUUCAGAUGAGAUGGCAUUAUCAUCUACAAUACAUAAAAGUCUUGAUACAGGAUAUAAUCAAACCCUUAAAUAUCUAAUAUCAAACCCAAAUAUCACUAUCAUCAUAUACAUAUUUUAUACUUGGAAAGCAUAGUACACAGCCUGGUAAAAAAACAACAAGAAUUUAAAUGACAUUCUGAAAUGUUAUUCUGUACUCAACACCUUCUGUCCUUUCAUAACUGUAUCUGGUUUAUUUUUUUAAUUCUUUAUUUGUAACAGUUUAUUAAAUUGCUAAUAUUAAAAUGCAGAAUGUUCCUUUCUUGUUUUAGUUCUCUUCUUUUCAAAGGCAGAUCUUCACAUCUGCUUGUAGCAUUAAAGAAGGAAGUUAUGUAUCUUAUUCACCAGCGAAUGAAAUCAGAUAUUUUAGUUUAGUAGUGUAAUAACGCAUCACUUUACCAUCUUACUUGGAUAAUUAUAUGGCAGCAGCUCAGCAGGGGCUGAGUUGAUUUGAGCAUGGUACCACCUUGGUCCCAGGGUUUAAGAUUUAAUUUCUAUCUCCUGGCAUGGCAAUAGAUUGAUGCUCCUCCCUAUUUUGAUUGAACAGACACACAAAACAAGGACAUUAAAUGGAUCCAUGGAAUGAUAUGGUACUUGGAGCAAUUGGACUUGAGAAAAAGAUAAAGAUUCUUAUCAACUCGGCUUUUCAGAAUUUUGUACACAGCCUGCAGAAUCGGAUACCUAUACAGCUGUACUGUUCUAGAAGUCACGAGGGACAGAUUCUGCUCGGUGGAACAGUGGCCAGGUCGGCAUUGUAACGGAAACUUUGCCAGUUGCAGUACUGGUCUAAACAAAUUAAUCAAACGCUACAAAAACGUAGUAAAUCUUUAGUCAAAUGCUUUGUUUUUUUUCUAAAUUUAUAUAUUAUGUUUGUUAAAAUGAUGAUUUUCAAAACUGAAGGGUUGUCUUAUGUAGGGUAGAAGGCUUUCUGAGACACAGCGUAAUCAGCACGGCUGAGGUAUGGUGCCACCUAAAUUAACCUUUUGAUAACCAAAUGAAACUGAGAGUUGCUCUCCAGAGGGGGAGGAUUAAUUUCAAAAAGUUACUGGAUGCCUGAGCUCUAAAUGCAGAUGUUAUGCAAUGUUUUGUGCACAUGUAGCAUUUUUUAAAAAUGAUAAAGUUAUUAGGGAUUUUUUGUCUGUUGAUGGACAGUGGUUUUUAUUUAUUUUUUAUGAUUAGUGAAGGUUUAUGGGCACAAUGCAGCUUUUUUUCAAUUAGUGUUGUUGUUUUGGAGAUACAAUGAUUAUGGCCAAAGCGACAUGUACAAGUUGAAAGGCUUAUAAGAGCAUUGACUAGCCUUCAUUUUGAGAAUGUUCUGCAAUAAAUGAAUCAGUCUGUCACAAGUCACUUCUGACACCAGGUACUGCCCAAACAAACUGUUUCCCCUAUGUUACACUUAAUGAAGACUUUAAUAGUUCAUGAUGUAAUUCAUUAUAGUUGUUACAGUAGGUUUAGGACUUUGGGUGUUCUAGAAUCCAUUCAUAGUUAACUUGGUGUAUUAUAAUACAGGCAUUCAUUGAUUACAUCAUUGAUUUUUUGCACAACUGUCCAGGAAGAAAACAUCACAAGUUUUUAUACCCAGUUCUAGUUGCAAUGAGUAUGUACAGUAAUACAAGGGGAAAUAUACAGUUUAUUGACACAUGCAGACAAGCACAUUGUUAUUUUUUUAAAUUGAUUUUACAAGUCUAUCACAGUCCUUAAAGGGGGAGGCAAUUUUCCAAGCAUCAUUUUGGAAAUGAUGAAUAUGUCUUUUAUUUAUUAUUAAAGCUAGAAAAUUGCUGCAAUAAUGUGGAAUCCAGUAAUCGAAUUGACUCUAGCACAAGUUAACCCUCUGAGCACUCAUUCUCUUUAUGUAUUUAUGUAUGUAUUGACAGAGUUGAUUAUUAUUGCCAAGUGUGACCAUAUUUCUUCAAUUGUGCCAUGGAAAGCAGAGUCUGAAUUAAAACAGGCAGUGGGCAGCUCAGCAUGUGGGACUUUUCUUCUGUCACAAGGUGUGGGUUUUUCCUCAUGUAAAAACUCAAAGCCAUUUGGAGUAACGCAAACCUCUUGUACAACAAGUUACCCACUGUGUCAGACUUUGCCUUCACAGUUAUUCCCCUUGUCAGAGCCCAGGUGCUUUAGUUAAUGGUGCUGAAUACAUUUGUUAGGCAAUAUUUUAUUUGGAUAGUCAUUUAUGUAGUGUCUGUUACAAUCUUCCAGCGCUUAACUGUAGGCCUGAAAAUUCAAUCCUGUAGUUCAGCCAUCUAGAUCACAAUUUAGGAUGUUUUGCUGUAAUUUAUUUUUUACUCGGCAGCAGAAUUUUUAAACCACCUGGUUCCACAUCCAUUCAGUAAAGAUUAUUCCAAACUAUAGUAAACUGUACUAGACAAUAAAGUAUGUUUAAGAAUAAAGUAACAUAUAGUAUAUAUAUCAUUCAAAUUGGGGUAUUUCAUUUUUCAUGCCUUUGGAAUUUAUUUUGAUUAUGUGUUUCUUAAAGAGAUCUAUUGGUUGGAAAUAAAUUGUGAUCUGGAUGGCUUAUAUUAAACACCAGGAGCACUAAAAGAAUUCACUUGCAGAUUUCAUGCUAUACAGUGCUAGGCUGUAGAUAGAUGAUUUGCUUCAGUGUUUGCAUGCAAACAAAAAGACUUGUGUGACAGUGAGGGAACUGAAGGGUUCAGUGACUGCAGUUCUCAAAGGGUUAACCAAAAAGCACAAAAAGGCAUGCAGUUAUUCUCGUGUUAUCUAACCGCUUUGCUACUUAGCAUUUGCUAUGUCUAGACACAGAAGCUUUUAUUAUUGCGCUUAAGUUAAAGAUAAAAAAGUUAAAAAAAAAAAGAAAAAAGAUAUUCUCCACAGGAUUUCCUUAACCAAAUUCUUUAAAAAAGAAACGUUAGUUUCACAUUUUAAGUGUUAUAAAAAGAAUUAAGAUAUUAAUCAGUAAUACUGUGUUUGACUAGGUAUACAGUUUUAACAAAUUCCAAAUGGUGCGAUAAAAGUAAGGUUCUGAAAUUCUUGAAAAAAGUGUGUGAAUUGGUGAAAUGGGCAACUUGGACUACUUUCAGCUCAGUGUGAAGGAUGGUAUCGUUCAAAAGAAAGAGCCUAGAUUUAAUUUGACUGUUUGUUCAUGUAACUGGGUUAUCUAUGCUGAAUUGUUAGGCUAGUUGUUGAUUGUGAGCACCUCCAAAGGGAAGAGAUCAUUUUUAUGAUGGAAGCUCUGAUUUUUCACGUUUUUGACAUUGUAGACCAAAAUAGUUAUGUUUAUUCCAACAACAUAAAUGAUGUUAGAGAAAAUAAAGCAACUUCUGUCGUAAAAUGUCACUGCUUUUCAUCCGAUUUAAUGUGGUGCAUUCAGCAGUUAACAAACCAAACCUGUGAAUAAACAAUUUAUUGAAAAAA